UGCAGAUGUUGCUGGGGAAACCUCUCUAUCUGGAAGUACGGCUCCUCAACUCUCCAGAUCCCAGUUUAGUGCUGCUGGUGCACUAUUGCGUGGCCUACCCCCGCUCAGGAAAAGCUGUGUGGGUGCUGCUUUACAACGGAUGUCCCAAUCCUUAUGACCCAGCCCAGCUACAGGCCGUGCUGUCUGACCCACAGCCAACUUUUCCUCAGAGUCAGACCCGCCGCUUCACCAUCAGAACCUUCCAGUUCCUUCCUGAUGGUGAGUUCAAGGACCCAGAUGAAGAGAUCUACUUCAUGUGUUCAACCGAAAUCUGCUCGCCACGUGAUGGGCCUUGUGUCGAGGGAUGCUUUGGCCAGUGAUGUUACGACAUGGAAGACACAAGAAGUUAGUCGAGAUGAUGAUGUGGUCUCAGACAUCACUCGUUUAACUACCAAUAAAAGCUCUUAAAUAACACAA